AUGGCUCGUGCUUUAAAGACCGACCCAAUCAAUCAACUUGAAGAAAAUCUAGAAUGUACUGUAUGUCUGGAGGUAUUAACAGACCCCAGAACCCUUCCUUGCUGCCAUUCGUUCUGUAAAGAUUGUUUGGAAGGCAUUGUGGAAACAUGCCGCGACAAAGCACCUAGCGAUCCACCUAUUCGAGAGUUUCCAUGUCCAAAUUGUCGUGCAACUUUUAUACUCGACCCCGCCAAACAUGUCGCCGACAUGCCACGGAACCAUUUCAUCUGCAACAUGGUAAAAGCGAUAGCCGUACUCGAUCGUGGAAUCGGUGUUCUUUGUUCACAUAAUUGUAAUCAAAGCUACUCGGUCGCUCGUUGUGUCACCUGUGAAAAAUUCCUGUGCCGAGAAUGUUUGACGGGCCACGACAAUUAUCGAGCCAACAACGGUCAUUCUGUUCUAACGAUGGAAGAGUUAUCAAAGCCAGAAAAUCGCAAGAAAAUCAACGACAACAUGUACUGCAAUGAACAUUCGGGCAAGAAAUUAAAAGUUUACUGCGAAACCUGCGACCAACUGAUUUGUAGGGAUUGCAUGGAUUUUAAACACGCCAAGCAAGGUCAUUCGUGUGUUCUCGUCAAGGAUAUAGCGAACAACUAUAAGGAACUUCUUGCUUCAAAUGGCAAAACAAUGGAAGACGCUUUAACUGAAGGCAAUGCAUUUCUUGAACAAUUAAUGCUGACGACACAACAAGUUGAUCGCGAUGUCGAAAAUAUCAAAAGUAAAAUUGCUCAAAGAAAAGAAUUCGUGGCGAAGAAAGUCAUUGAAAUGUUGGAUCAAAAAGCUGCAAGUCUUUGUAAAAAAGUUGAUGAAAUGCACAAAGGCAACCGAGCUAAUUUGGACAGACAGGCAGAAGAAACAAAGUUAUAUGUAGAGAAUAUAAAAACGUCGUUUCAACUUUCCAAAAAGUUGGUCGACCAAGGCUCAGAAGAAGAAAUAAUUUCCUCUCAGAAAAUGAUGUUGGAUAACGCAAAUAAUCUCUUAACACAUCGCGAAGAGUAUUUCAAAGCACCUAUACCCGUUGCAGAAUUGAGCUACACUUCCUCUACUGGCACAGAACCAAUAAACGAAGCGAUUUUGAAAGGGCUGGCAAACAGUUUAGGAGAGGUUAAUGAAGAUAAGAAAGAUACAGGUAAGUAACCAGUCCAUACUGGGGGGAGGGGGGAGGGGUCAGGAAAAGGGGGCGAAAUUAAUAUGGUCACUCAUUUUCUAUCAAUUGCAUCGAUCAGGCAUUUGAGGAAUACCCAGUUUGUUCCUUGGUAUAAGCAUACUGUGAUGUAAAAGGUGAAGAAUCGAGGUAACAAGUUCAAUCUAAAUCCAAAGGUUCCAGCAUUCUGUACCUGUAGAAGUCAUUCGUUUUAACACCUACGGGUUAGUUAUUACAAUACAGUGACAGAAAACACAACAUGAGGAAAACGUUUGUCUUGGAGUUGGUUUUUAUUCAGCCAAGUGGGUGAAAGUGAAUGAAUUCGCCCUGGGAAACAUCUAUCAUCUCUGGAGCCCUAAACAUACUGUUUCUAUUAGCUCCAGUAAAGAGUGUUAUAUAUUGUUUAAUAUUUUUACUGUUUGGUUAAAAUUAUACCUCUCAAUUAGUGACCAUCAAUUUUUAGUUGUAUAUUAGGAAGUCAAGGUGGCAAACCCAGUUUAAAUCCAAAGGCCACAUGUGGUAUUCUCUAAAUCUGGGAGUAAUGUCUAGAAAUUCAUUAUAGCAUUUUCCUCUAAAUGUAAAUAAGAUGGCUUUGAUGCUCUCUCCUCCGCAGAGGCUUUAGUUUUCUUAGGGUUUAAUAUUACGAUGAGACUGCAUUUCACUACACUUUACAUGGCGGAUCUGGGAACACGAGCGUAGCCGCUGGGCGAAGGAGCGCAGACGGGCUUUGAUGCGGUUUAUGUCUGGCGUCAUGUUAUGCGGCAAAACGUUUCGCGGAAAAAUUGAGAACUCGCCCUGCAUUUCACUCUGCCGAACUUUUCAUCACCUGAUAGGCUGGUACAGCACACAUGUGCAAAUAAAUGAAAAGAGAAUGACAAAUAUGAGGAAGUGAAAUACAUUACCCUGGAUUCCAGAGCCUUCGACAGUAAAUACAGUCAGUAUAGGUGGUGGCAAAAAUAAGAAAUCUCCGGAUUGGUAGGGAUGUAAUUUCUUGAAAAAUACAAAGAAAUCUUCGACGUUUCGAGCGAAAGCUCUAAUUAGUCGUCUAAUUCGACGUUGAAGUUCUCAUCAUACUUUUCAGGUAGUAGGGAUCAAUUCGAAGCAGUUUUAAAAAUAAGAUUGCUCUGUGUCCGAACUUUUAGAAAUUAGACUGCAGUUAACUCGCAGCGACAAUAGACCUUUCCGGUAAUUACGUCACGACUAACACUGUUUUGAAGUGUUUUCAACUUAGACCACCUUAAACGGAAUGGAUUUUAAGUUUGUUUCUCGCGGGCUAUGGUCAGAGGAGCAGAACAUCCUCCUUCAAUACAUGCAUAAAAACAAAUUAGGGAUGCAAUAAUUUAAUUUAUUUUUGAUAGUUAAAAUCCAAAAUUCUUUUUGAUGCAUGUGUUCACGAAGGAUGUUCUGCUUCUCUGACCAUAGCCCGUGAGAAACGAACUUAAAAUCUAUUUCAUUUAAGGUGGUCUUAAGUUGAAAACAAUGUAGUUGUGACGUAAUUACCGGAAACGUCAAUUACUUCGUGUAACAUGGCCUUUACAUGACGUGAAAGAAUCGUAAAAGUGAAAGAAUCGUAAAAACUGUAACGUAACUUUUUUUUACAAAUAUUUGUUUACAUGCUUUCUUGGUGAGAUAAUUCAGUUUCGAGAUCAUAAUUAUGCAGUGCAGAAAAAAUGACGUCAUUGCGUAAUGAGCCACCAAAUAGUAGAACAUUUCUCAGUGUUUUUAUUCAACAAAAUCAUUUGUAAAACUUGAUGGGUAUACGCGUGUUUUAGCAUGACAUGCGCACAUGAAGGUUGUAUCCCCAUGUUUUCUGCACGAAUAUGUUUCUCUUUCAUCUUGAGCCCAAUCACAAACCCAUCCUUAACCAUAUUGUGCAAGAAACAUGAGGAAAUAACGACAUGAAAACGAUGCUAUUGGUGCCAGGAGUGAAAAAACACACAGAAUAGUCUAUUCGCUUCACUUUUAGUAUAGUUAUUUGGGAAUGAGAUUCAGCCAUUAUCAGCUAUUUCAAGUCCUUAAGGUGCAUAUGACAUGAAAUUUCUUAUUUUCUUAAAUGAAAGAACUCUUUAAGCUGUAGUGUAACUUAUUUUCAGUUUCUUGUGUUUAUGGUUUGUUCACGAGAUAUUUUAAUUUGUUUGAUAUGUAAAUGAGUGUGAAUAUGUCCGCUAAUAUUUGACGUCACUGGUUGCAAGCUCCUCAAAAUGGUUGAAUAUCACUGCUAUUAUCCAAGAUGAUAACUUCAAACUUCACUCACCUGGUAAAUGUGAUAAAAUACUGGAGAAAAACAUGAACUGAUAUCUUCAGUUUUACAUUUAAUACAUUUAUAACCAGUGUAAGUUGAGCUUGCAACCAACAUGACGUCAUAAAUUAACGGACAUAUUCACACUCAUUUACAUAUCAAACAAAUUGAAAUAUCUCGGGAACAAAGCACAAAAACAAGAAACUGAAAAAUAAGUUACACUACAGCUUAAAGAGUUCUUUCAUUUAAGAAAAUAAGAAAUUUCAUGUCAUAUGCACUUUAAAAUUAGCCUCAUUAACUUCAAAUGCUCAGAUUGGAUUAGAACAAACUCCUGACUUUGAAAUCCGGAAUUUCUAUCAUUUCAGACCAGAGCAAGAACACCAAUCAGAAAGUCGGUUCCAGGGAUGACAAAUGUCCAAUUUGUCUGUGUGACUUCACUGACAAGAAAACCUUAAGUAAAUGUGGCCAUUCAUUUUGUGCUGGCUGUAUUGACGAGGCAUUCAAAUAUCAGAAGAAGUGUCCAGUUUGUUCACAAGUUUAUGGUCCUUUGAUUGGAGAUCAACCUCCAGGAGAGAUAUUUGGAAAUUAUAAUCACCCCUUAUCACUUCCUGGUUUUGGAUCGUGCAACACUAUUGUUAUACAUUACAAGUUUCCAAAUGGGACGCAAGGCCCAGACCAUCCUAAUCCUGGAAAACCAUACACGGGAAUAAACGAAUAUGCUUAUCUACCUGAUAACAAAGAAGGGGAAAAAGUUCUUUAUCUUUUAAAGAAAGCGUUCGAACAGAAAUUGACGUUCACAAUCGGACGAUCAACAACAGCGGGAAGUGAUGAUUGUGUUGUAUGGAAUGAUAUUCCUCACAAAACCUCGAGGACAGGAGGACCUGCAGAGUACGUAUUUGUUUCUUUAAACGACGAUUUAUUUGUGGACAAACUUGAACAAGUAUGCUUUGUUGGAUAG